AAAAGACACAUGCUCAUUGACUGAAACUUUUCUAAACUACAGGGGUAACAGAUUGGGCGCCGUAUUGUGGAACAAGUACAUAAACCAGUAUCUGGAUUAUGUUAAUGCUAAUGAAGGAGUGCCUGUCUUCGUGAUAUUUCAACUAUGUAGGCCAAAAAGAUACCAAGGGAUCUUGACAGUGAAUUCGUCUUUUGAUGUAUCAAAGCUCAUAAUCAACGGGAACACUACUGAGUUUUUAGAGUUCCAAAGCGAGUUUCCAGCAGAUGGUGAUGACACCACGACUCAAACCUGCAACACGCAAUGCUCACAUGCGGAAGGGAGGGAUGAUAUACUCGGUGGAAAUGCUGUCAUUACCACCAUGGAGGAUUUGAUGAAGGCAACUGAGGUGUGUCCUGAAGCUAGAGUCAUAGAUUUCGCAUUUUGAAUAAAUAUAUCCACUGCUAAUAAGAAAAUUAUACUUGGAUAGGAGAAUGUUUAUUGGGUACUU